AUGGAAGACCUCAUCUGUCUAGGGUGCAGGAAGGUUUUCCCAUCCCAAAAGUGCUUGAGUGGUCAUGAGGCCCGGUGUGAAGCCGACAAACUUCUAGAUGCUGACGUCUACAAGAGUCAGCGUCGCCUCGAGAAGGGGCGUAAGAAGCAUAGGAAGACGAGAGCUCAAGAUGAGACCAGGUCUCUGGAACGCAGGCAAAGGAACACCUCUCCUGAAGCUGACAUGCAGAUGGACCUGGGUGACGACCAUGUCAAUCCUGAGUAUGGUGAUGUUGCUGGACCCUCAGGAUAUGUUCCAGAACCGGAACCUCCAGUGCCUACCCCAGAUGCACCUGCUGUUGUCUCUGCCCGUUCUGGGCAGCGAAUACGGAUGCCUGCACUGCUCGGCAACUCACCUCGCUCACAUGCCCCCGACCAAUCAUCAGGAGCGCGGAUGACCCUCAAAUCACCCUACCGUCCUGCCUCUGAAGACAUCCCUCACCAGCCCCCCCUCGUCCCAUACCAAACAGCCCCUGAUGAAAUGGGACUUUUCCGUAUCUAUGCUGCACGUCCCACCCUGAUACCAAAGGGAGAUGCAGGUCUUGAUGCAGCUAUUGAUGCUCCUACCUUGGAUUGUAACCUUGAUCUUGAGAGUUCUCAGGUUGUCACUGGUCUUCCUUCCCCAGAAAUUGGGCCCAAGGACAUUUUUUUUUUCUCUCCUUUCAGUAGCCCGACAGCAGGGCUCCUCAUGUGCUGGCAGUACUCUGGGGUUAAUUCCAAGUCAAAUGUGGAGAUGAAACACCUCACAAGGAACUUCCUUGAUGACAAUGAGUACAAGAGAGAGGAUGCACAGAUUUAUUAUGAUGUAUGUGAGAAGAGGCUUAUCAGUGCCUAUCUCAAGGAUUCAACUAACCCGUUCCGUGCCAAAAACGGCUGGCGUGAGUCUACAGUCCAAAUCUGCCUGCCGAAGGAGAAAAUGAAGUGGGCAUCAGAGGAUGAAGCACCUGUGCUUGAGAUACCUGGUGUCUACCACCACUCACUCACUGAUGUCAUUACGUCAGUCUUCCAGGAUAGUGUCGCCUCCACCUUUCACAUGACACCCUUCCAACAGUGGUGGAAGGUGUCAGAGGAAUGCACCGUCAAUGUCUAUUCUGAGGCAUACUCAUCCCCUGCUUUCUCAGAAGCUUAUGAGGAGGUCAACUCUCUUCCUAGGGAACCUGAUGACAACUUGAACUCUAAAUACACGAGAGGGAAACCAACAGCAUCUGCAUGCCACCAUGUGGUGUACAUCCCAUCUAUCCCCAGUGACUUUCAAGACACCUAUUUCAAUAUUUUCGCCAAUGCAUCCUCAACUGACGUCUAUACGCAUUCGCGAGCAUUAAUAUUCAAGCAGGGAGCUAGUAUCAAUAGUCAGCGCAUCCAGAAUAUCUUGAAUGAAGAGUCACUGGUCCCUACUCGGAAUGCCUUCUCUGAGCACCUCACAGAGUAUUUAUUCAAUUUCUUUGUGUUAUUCGUAGUGGACCUACUACACAAGUUCGACCUUGGGGUUUGGAAGGCUAUAUUUACUCAUCUCAUGCGCAUCCUUUUUGCGGCAGGUGGCGCUGCAGUCCAGGAGUUGAACUGGAGUCCGUUCGCAAAUUUCAGCGCACUGUGUGCAAACAUUAUCACACAACGGAACUUCCGCACGAGCACGCUGCCCAUGGACAACAGUCAGGCUGCGCUAGCCUCAAAGCAACUAGGACCGUCACAUACCGUUGUGGAAAUCACAACCUGA